AUGGGCAAGAUUAUGAAGCCAGGAAAGGUCGUCCUCGUCCUCAGAGGAAAAUAUGCUGGUCGCAAGGCUGUCGUCGUCAAGGCGCACGAUGAAGGAGCAUCGGAUAGAACCUACCCGCAUGCCAUCAUCGCCGGAAUCGAUAGAUACCCGCUGAAAGUAAAUAAAAAUUGUCCAGAAACAAGCCAGUUAAGUGAAUUUCUGUUCUUAGGUCACUAAAGACAUGGGAAAGAAAAAGAUCGAGAAGAGAAACAAGCUGAAGCCGUUCCUGAAAGUCGUCUCCUACACUCACUUGUUGCCUACUCGUUACUCGGUCGAUGUCACCUUCGACAAGACUAACAUCAACAAGGUUUGUCGACUUCACCCAGUUCAGUAGCAUAAACAGCUAAGAAUUUCAGGAGAACCUGAAGGCGCCAAGCAAGAAGAGAAAGGCUCUCGUCGAAGUGAAGUCCAAGUUCGAGGAGCGUUACAAGACCGGAAAGAACAAGUGGUUCUUCACUAAGCUGCGGUUCUAA